UUCUAUAUCAUUUUAUUGCACCUAAGACCAAAGGGCCCUUGAAGCUAUCUAACCUUAUCUGAUGUGUGUGAACUGGUUGGAUAGGAUUGCUCACGCUAGCUCGUUCUUGUCGUUACCGCUGGCUCGUCGCCGUACCUCACCGCUGCCUGCGCAAGCCACCGCAGCACUCCACCCUAGCUUGCCCACGCCUGUGCCAGCAACCGUAGCUCUCCGCCGGUGCGCACACACUCCUGCUGAUACCCACCGCGGCUCGUUGCCGGUGCAUGUGCACGUCUGCACGCAUUGGCGCAGUUCAUCCUUGCUUCACGGAUGCAUGUGUGAGCCACCGCAACUCGUCGCGGGUUCUCCCCCACGCCUGCGCGCGACAGCGCAGCUCUCCGCGGGUGCUUGCUCUCCCCUGCGCGCAUUGGCGCAACUCGCCCUCCCCUGCUGGAGAAGUGUUCUGGAACAUUUCUCUCUUCAGAAAAGAAAUUCCCCACUCCACAAACAGUUGUUGUUCUUCCAGGUCGCUGCAAUGGCGGAGUCAAUUCACUGCACUACUAUCUUUUCCAUCAGGAAGCACUUGGCAGACCUGUAUGCCUCGCUUCUAUCUCCGACCUGGUAUGGCGACGUCUCAACCCAACAAGGCAACAAUGGAGUGGGGGGAGGACAAGGAUGCAGUCGGUGAGGACCAGGGGUUGUGGGAGAGGGUUGCAAAGAAGUUGAGAGAGGAGGACGCAACCAAAGCGGAGAGGAAGAAGGAAGAGGAUAGGGAAGCAAAGAUGAAGGAGCUGAAAACAACGCUUGACCACUACUACUAUGAGAAGCGGAUUAAGGAGGAGCACAAGAAGUUGACGGAGAAACAUCAAAGGGAUUUUGUAGCAAGCUAUAAGAAGGCAACCACAGAGAGUGCAUCAAAGAGAGAGCGGGAGCAUCAACACUUCACGGAGAGGGUGAUGAAAGAGGCUUCAAAAAUGCGCAAAAGAGAAGAUGAAGAGGAAGAAGAGAGGAAGAAUAAGAAGGGAAAGGGGACUUGCUCGACAAAAUAGAGCGUGCUUCUUCUAUUCAUCAUGCGCGCUUUCAUCUUUGAACCUAUUGUGUUGUUGAACCUUGUCCACUUGCGCGCUUUGUUACUAUGAAACUCCAUUAUUAUGAAACUCUUUUAUUAUGGAUCUCAUGUAUUUGGAACUUGUCUACUAUGAAACUCUUCUAUUAUGAAGCUCUUUUAUUAUGGAACUCA